AACUUGUAGAGAGUUCCGGGCGGAGUCGAGGGGGAAACGGUUAUAUUAAGGGGCCUUCAGCGGGGAGAGCUGUGUUCUUCCUCUGCCACCGGAGCGCUUUCACUGGGAAUAAACAAAAUGCCUUCCAACAAAGACGACGGCGGCUGGAAGAAGUUCCUGUGGGACUCGGAGAAAGGAGAGCUGCUCGGGCGGACCGGGGGCAGCUGGUUCAAAAUUAUAGCGUUCUAUAUCGUUUUCUAUGGCUGCCUGGCUGGAAUCUUCAUCGGAACCAUCCAGGCCUUGCUGCUCACAGUGAGCAACUACAAGCCCACCUGGCAGGACCGCGUCGCCCCCCCUGGCCUUUCUCACACCCCCCGGUCAGAGAAGUCUGAAGUGUUCUACAACCGCAAUGACCCGGAGACCUACCUGCCUUACACCAAGGCCUUGAGGAACUUCCUGGCCAAGUAUGGCGAAGAGUUACAGAGGGACCAGAUGAAGUUCGAGGACUGUGGAGUCGACCCUGCAGAGUACAAGAACAGGGGCGACUUGGAGAGCGACAUCGGCAUCAGGAAGGCGUGUCGUUUCUCCAGGAGCCUGAUGGGACCCUGCUCCGGCACCGAGGACCCCGACUUUGGCUUCAAAGACGGAACGCCCUGCCUGAUAGUCAAGCUCAACAGGGUGGUCAACUUUCUUCCAAAGCCUCCGAGCUCCAAUGAAAGCAUCCCUGAAGAGGCUCAGCCCAAGGUGCAGCCCAACGUCGUCCCCAUCUACUGCACCAACAAGAGAGAGGAAGAUGCCGGUAAAAUCGGGGAGAUCAAGUACUACGGGAUCGGCGCCGGCUUCCCCCUGCAGUACUACCCGUACUACGGCAAGCUGCUGCACCCCCACUACCUGCAGCCGCUGGUGGCGCUGCAGUUCACCAACCUCACCAUGAACACCGACCUGCGCAUCGAGUGCAAAGUGUUCGGAGACAACAUCAUGUACAGCGACAAAGACCGCUACCAGGGCCGCUUUGACGUCAAGUUCUCCAUUACCAGUUUAUGACCGGCACCGUAGCACUUUCCCCCUUAACGAUGCACCAAUCUAAUGUAGGAGAUCAGUGAGGGGGCGGGCUGUAGCGCGUCAGCCAAUCACUAAUAGUCUUGAAUGAAUAAAUGAAAGAAAUACCUGAUAGGGGACCGAUGUGUAAUCUCGCCUGCUUUCAUCACUAGCUUCUACACUUCUGUCUAGCGUUAGAAUGUAAUUUAGAGGAAAAGUAUCAAUAUGCCUAAUAACCAUAUUUAUUCAGCUGUAAAUGAGACUUUUCCACGAGCCACGGGGCAUCGUUCAUCUGACUGUAACGUGUAAUUCCAUCUGUGUGUUUGUGUGGUUUCUCUAGAUGAGUCUGGUCCUCGUUUGAUUCUGUGAGCGCGUUAGCGGUGUGUCACACCUGAACACACACUCCCUCUUAAUAAUUAAAGUAGUUCAGAUCUUCUUUCCUCUUUUUAUUCCUCUUUUACAUCCGAUCACCGGGAACUCUUUUUACUUUGCCUUGUUGAAUAAUUUACGUGUGAAGGGGUUUCAUUACUCUGGUUUCAUGCCUUUUACUUUUGAUUUGUACCUUUUGAUGUAGAGUUGUGUGUCCAGCCUGUUGGACACCGGCCUGCUGUCUGGCCGAUGGUGCUGAUGGUGUUUCGCUGGCUUCAUCGCAGCAUUGUGGUGUAAUGCUCUGAAUGUUUCAGCCAUUGAAGAAUUUUAUAUUUAUGCAGUUGUACAUUUUGUUUCUUUGCAGAAUAUUGUCACGUAUAAAUGCAAUACCAAAGUAAGAGUCUCUCAGAGCAAUGCAGUCUCAUCAUGUUAAGUGCUAAAGUCAAUGUGUCGCCUAGCAACCUCGUGGUGAAGCCAUGAAUGUAGUUGUAGAAGGAACCGGUAGCAGUUUAAUUCACUUGAAAAAGAGCUCUGGCUUUACAUGAUUAUGAUGUUGGCUUCAAUAUUCCUUAGGAUCUCAUGUUGAUGUGAACUUUGACAUCAACUCUAUACCAUUUCAUUCAGCUUUGUCAUUUAAUCAAAGAUAAAAACAAAUAAAGUCAUAAUGGACCUUUC